CGUCGUCUGCUGGUAGUCUCUUCAGAGUGAAAGCAGGCAGGGCGUCAGGAUACAUCAUCGAAACCGGAUAAGAGGACCAGAUAACGAUUACUCUCAAGAAACAAGCUAAGAACGACCGACAGCCACCAUGGAUUCAAGAUAUAUCAUGGGAGUUUGCCUAUUAGCCAUCGUGUUGCCAGCAGUAGUUAUGUCCGCCCCAGCCAAAGUAAAAAAGAGGUCAGCUUCUUCUUUCUUGCAAAGCAAUCCCGUGGAAACCAUCGCUGUGUUGGACGAGCUCAUUAAAUUUAUCAAGGAAAAUUUCGUUUAUGACGAACUGGACAAGCGUGGUGGAUUAGGAGCAGGAUACGGAUCAAGAUUCUCUGCAGCGAACAACUACGGAUCAAAACUCAUGGCCCUUCACGCCGCCAGCGACUCCUCAUCCCCCGGCAGGAAGAGGCGACAGGCCAUCGCCAAGGACGACCAGUAAUCACCUCAAACAAAUAUGCAGGACUUUCUAUAAUAUAACAACCUUUCACUAGAACAGAUUGUAUUCCGUUUGUUUCAUCAACAGACCAUUGGUAAUCUGUGUAUUAACUACCAUUUUAUAUGAUUCUUAUAUCGCCAUGAUUCAAAGAUUCAUCAUGUAUUAUUUACUUAGCUUCACCGAUCUGCGACGGCUUCAUUAAAUACAACGUAUCAAGAAAUGGACCCCAAUGCUAAGCGGAACAGGAUGUCAUGACCACCGGACAACUCCAUCGUUCAUCCUAUAAUUGACUUACAGCAUCGAAUCACCAUGUUCACUCACUUUCAUUUAGAAGUCGCAGAUCGAUGACACUAAAGUAUAACAGCUCGGUUCAAUCACUUUCUACAACGAAUCUCUAAUGUCUGUUUAUUUCUAAUUGCACCAUCGAUUGGCCACAUCAAAAGGUACAGUGUAUUAUUAAACAGCGAUGGAACAAUGUACAUGUAUUUUGCACGAUGGUAAAAUCUGCACGUUUUUCAAAGAGUCACGUGACUUUCUGUCGGAGCAGGGUCUUGGAUGAUCAGCCGUCUGUUAUGAAACAAGUCAUCAUUCACCCAAUGAAACAGCCUGGUUUAUUGUUCACUUUUAACACACAAUCAUGAUGAUUUCAUCAGUCAAUCAGGUAUAUACUCUGCACUGUACUUCUGCUGCAAAAACACUACUUGUUCAUCAUAUUUCACAUAUCUGUGAGUGUUCAGGCUACAUUUAACUAAAAGCCUAAACCCAGUAUUCUUUUCCAAAUAUCAUGAGAUCUGCUAACUUUUAUCUGCAUCCAUUGACAACUAGACCUCCAGAGAGCUUCACGCAGAAUCACUGUCAGUGUCACAUCAGGUGGGUAUCGUCUUUGGCCAGGAACUUUGUUAUUUGAAUGUUUCGGGUUAUAAAGCGCAGGAGAUGCUGGCCUUUGAAUUCAUCUAAAGUUUACAUUGAAACCUUUUGAAGUGAGUUUCACGUCCUUCCUCAUUUCACAAAAUCUAGAUUGGCUGCAGUACUAGGAUUACGACUAUUGUAUUGCAUCAUUUAGGCUGCAUAUUUUCUCAUUUCUCCCAUAGCACUAAUAAAAUGCUUUAGAUCUUCUAA